AUGAUCUUCAAGCCGGGCGUCGACGUGUUCACCGAGAUGCUCAGGAAGAUGGUCACGCAGCGCACGCGGGAGCAGGUCCUUGACCAGAACCUCAUCAACAGCUACUACGCGGGCAAGAUCGUGGAGAUCAGCCGGGAGUACAACUGCGUGGACACCGUGGGCAUCCAGCCGGGCUUGACGAAGGCCUGCGAGCACCACUGCAUCAACAACGUCGUGAUCGCCCACUUCACGGGCCACCCGAAGCCCACAAGCCCCAAGAGGCGUUUGCUCGAGCUGGUGCGGCGUCCGGGUUCGCCCGCCCUCGCCUGCAUGCACACGAAUUUCGGAGCCUGCGGCAAGUGGUCCGAGUUCUACUGCGACACCCGCAAGUACUCCCAGAGGCUCUCGCCCGCGCUCCAGGCGGAGCUCAAGGGUACGGGGUCAUGCUGUCACACUCCAUUCAAGCCUGGGCGCGAUCAUGAGAGUUGUCUGGAAUGCCCUGCAACCAUGAAGCUUUCCAUGGCAAAGAACAAAGAUGGGAAUCAGACUGGCAACUGGGGCAAAACGGACGGUUAUUUCAUGAAGACCAACAUCCAUUCCGGGAAGGUCAACGGUGGCAGGCCGAUAUACAUCAAUCGGAACAGCGACAUGAAGAAUGCACCUGCGUAUUUGUUCUUCAUGCAGGCCCACCUGGUGUGGGCGGUCGGGCCGGAUUACAAACAAGAAAACGCAUAUGGAUAUGCUGGUUUGGAAGCACAAUGCCCCAGGGAUUCUGGCUAUUGGUCUUUCUGGAACGGAACCGGCUUCAUUAGGAAACAUUUCACUGUCCAGAAGGCCAAGAAUUGGCACAAUCCCCCUGGCGACACGGAACAUAUUGUUUGGGAUUUGAAGAAGCGCAAGUGGAUACGCGAAGUGGUCGCGUGGGAGCAUGGCGAGGGCCCGCAAGUGUCUCACGCGAUCGAUGAUGAUGAGAUUCUGAGCGGCAACGAAACAGAAAACAUGACGAGCGACAUCACGAGCGGUAACGAGAGCGAGACCGAUACCGACAGUGGCAGUGGGAAUGGAGCCGUCGCUGCCAGUGCGCAGGAGAAGACCUCGUCUCUUGAGGUCACCGGCGAUGCGAAGGAUGUGGGGCCCUUUCCGGACGUAGCGGUGUGUAUGACCACUAUCCCCAGCCACCUUACUUCCAACAAAGGCUUCGCGGCUCUCAAAGAGAGCUUGAGCUCCGUCCUGCUCGAGCAGACCUACCGUGGCAACAUUACCGGCAUGGCGCGGAUUUGGCGGUACCCACCCAGGCUUCUGUCCGCGAGGGCGCAGGGUACCCCGAGAAGGAAACUCAGGAGUUGA